CGAUUGCAGGGAUAAAUUCUUGCUUGUUAAUUUUACUUCUUACCAAUAAGUAAGAAUGCAUAAGUGCAUAAAUAAUUAUCGAUAGGACCACGUAUACCUUUCGAAAUCAUUAUUAAAUCAUGGAAGAUGACAAUAGAAAAGAAGAAAAUAACGAAGUAAAAGACGUAAGAAGUGAUGAAACUGGAUCACAAGAAAGAGAUUCUAGUAAUCAGUAUCAAUUGAUACCGAAAUCCCCUUCUAAUCGUAAAUCCACGCGAAAUGAACAAUACAACAGAAGAUCAUCUCGCUCACGAUCACGAUCGCGUAGCAAACCUUUGCGGAGAAAGCAGUGGAGAAGCGCGAAUGCCUUUCUCAAUUUUAUGCAAGAUUUCAGGCAGGAUUAUAAUAAAGUGAAGAGCAAAGAUCUGCUUCGACUCGGAGGACAGAAGUGGCGACAAAUGUCAUCCGCAGAGAAGAUGCCUUAUGUAAAGGCGGCUAAGCUAGCGCAACAAUCGCAGCAAAAUAAUAAAAAUGACCAGCAAACUAAGCCCAAUAACGGCGACGUCUCGAAAAAGUCGGACAACGAACAAAAAAAGAAAGAACGAGAGAAAAGAAAAGAGAGAAGGCGUUCCAGAAGCAAGACAUACGAUUCCGACGCGGAAUCAGAUUCCGCAACCUCGGGAACAGGCGUGACUAGCGAGGAUAUUUCAGAUCUGAGUUCUUAGACAAUCUAAAUUGCAACAACAAUAAUAUCAAGAAACAUGCAU